CAUCUUACUGUAAAGAAUCCAUUUUAAGAGUUCAUUUAUUUAUUCAGCAUCUGUUCAAACGAGAUUUGCGCAUAAAAUAUAAUUAAAAAAAAUUCUCUCUCGAGUGUAUUAUACAUUAUAUGAUAUAUUUGCUUUUACAUUCGGGACGCUCGUGAAUGGUGAACGUGUGUAUAACCACUUGGUUUAAUAUCUAGUGCUGCGGCAAGCAGCUUCGAGUCGUAAUUUAAAUAUGAACUUGAUAGAGAAAAGGUACGGUAACAGGUGGAGGACGGCAUGUUGGAGAAGACAUUCGACGGCCUUACAUUACGGUGGGGCAACUUCGUGCGGCCUUGCGUACCUCGUGAACGCCGGGUACACGCGCGCGGCCGCAGCACUUUCGGUGAUUUUGCCAAGUGCUGCUGUCUUGUAUUAUUUUUGCAAUCGUCGGUCAAAGCUGCGAGCGCGAGAUCUUAUUGUUAUAACCGGUUGCAAUUCCGGUUUGGGCUACAGUUUAGCGAUGCAUUGUCGCGCUCAGGGCGCGACAGUUUUGGCUGGUGUGCGUAAGAUAUCCGAAGCAGAACUGACAAAAACAGCUGCUAUUGAAGCAUUGGAGAAGAAAGGAGUCAUCGUUCGCGAACUUGACAUCACUGAUGGAACAUCUAUUCAACGGUUCGGAGAAGGAAUUAAGAAACUGAUGAAAGAACAACAAUUAAUGCUGCACGCGUUGGUGAAUAAUGCCGGAGUAAUGGUGUUUGGCGAGUUUGAAUGGCAGAUCGAUGAUUUCGCUAAGUAUCAAGUGGAUGUAAAUCUACUGGGGACAAUGAGAUUCACGCGAGAAUUGCUGCCGAUUAUACGGAAGGACCAAAGCAGGAUUAUCGUAAUAUCUAGCCAUUGUGCAAACGAACCCUUACCGGGUACAAGUAUCUACGGAGCAACAAAAGCCGCUCUCCUGGCAUGGGCUACCGCUCUUCGACUAGAGCACCAUAAAUACGGCAUUAAAGUUGUCUCUUUUAUGCCCGGUGGUUUUGUAUCGGAAAGCAAUAUAAUGAGAUCGCAACGAUCGUAUUUUGAAAGGAUGCAAUCAUCUAUGUCGGAUGAAGCGAAAGAAUUUUACGGCGACUAUUUCACUCGAUACAUGGACUAUUUUUCCCAAGUCUCGCAGAAGACGAAUGUAGAGUAUGAAGAGAACGUACAAGUUUUGUCAGAUCCAAAAAUAUACGAGAGUUUUAAUGGCGCUCUUCUGGAUAUUUAUCCCUCGACGAUUUACAGAUGCGAGUCGUGGAGGUACUUUUUUUAUCGGAUGCUGUUUAAGUGUACGCCUAUAUGGCUGCAUGAUCAGUUGGUUCAACGCUUUGUCAGUGGACCGUCCUGGCGUACCAAUAAACAAUAAUAUUAUAUACAAUUUUAUUACAUUUUAUAUAUACUAUAAUAUUAUUUACAUUAUUGAAGAUAAUGUUUGUAAUCUGCAAUAUAACGUUAAUAAAAUGAAAAAUAAUUAUG